AUGUUUUUUCUUGCAUUUUCCAACAACCAAGUCACGGGACCAAAAGCCGGCUUUGCUUCUUCCAACUUCAACGCAUCAAAAAAAAAAGGCCGCAGCACAAGACAGAAAAAAACAUAUAAAAGAGGAGAGAAGACCGCCAGGAUACCAGGAUACCAGGACAGCAGAAGACAGAAGAAAGGAAAAGACAGACAGACAGAGACGGUUAAGAUGUCUGGAACCAGCUCUCCUCGCUCUGGCGCCCGCCGCGGCACACCACUAUCGAUUGAGGUGCCGCCACUGCAGCAACCAUCACCUCCAUCAAAUACCCUCCUUAUCACAGACCUAAACGACCUCUCGCUCUUCCAGCCGAGCUCUCUCGACUCUAUCAAGGCCCACAUCACAGCCACCGCACCGCUAAACUCAUUCUCCCCUCUGCCGUCCUUCCGGCGCAUAGUCUGCUCGUUCCUAACCGUCGAGGACGCCAUCAGAGUCCGCCAGCUGCUGGACAGGGAGCCGCUACAGGGAAAAGGCCGGGCACGGGUGUACUUUGGCGAAAACACUCCUAUCCAGACAGACUCAGACGAGAUGAGACGCAGCAAUCUUCUCGAAGCACCCCAGUCACAGAAGAUGUUCUUUAUCAGUCCGCCACCCAGUCCUCCGCACGGAUGGAUGAUGCGCAACGAGGAGCCGCCGAAUAAGGAAGUCCACGCUUCUGAUUUGGCUGAUGCGCUGGGCAGACUCGGGCGGCUGUAUGACUCUGAUAGCCAUGUUAACGAGUCGGGUCAUCGACCAGAGACACCUGUUUCUCCCACGGACGUGGCUACAGCCAUGAACACAGAUAUGAAGGGAUCGGGACAGAGAAGCCGAAGCAGUACUUUGAUUUACCACCCAGAACACCAUGGAAGCAGCCCGGACCUACCAGCUGUGAUGGUUGAAGAUACUUCGGUUGGCUCUGACAUGGAUUCUGACAUGGAUCUAAGCCCCCUGGAUGCUCGGCCAAAGAAAAUAUAUGCACAUACUUCUCGUCCUCCAACAGAGUUGAUGGAGGAGUGA